AUGGACUGGUAUAAUGGAUUUGGGAUAAAACCUGAUUUGGAUCAAUGGAUAUCUUUGGAUACUUUACUGCAAGUCAUUGGAGAAGGAAAUGCCAAUGUGAUUGUUGCUAUAUGCAAUCCGCCUCGAAACUCGAAAACAGUUGUGCUGAGAUUGGCCAAGGAGUCUGGAAUAAAUUUAAAGCCAUUGCCAUUCAGUGUUGCUGAUCAGCAGGCUUACCAGAUAUGCGCUACGUUGUCGCUGUUUGGACAACCUUUUCUACCAGAAAUGUCGUUGGUUUCGACUACACCGGCUCUAUUGUCUAAAAUUGCAGCCAGCAUAAUAUCACAAAGAAACUCGAUUCGAACCUAUAAAAACAUCGAUAUCCUUCAGAAAUCCGUCAUGAUCAUGGAAAACACAAUGAUUGGCUCGAACGAUGGACGGUCUCGAUCUUUCGCCAUAGAGAUCAAGACCCCACAAAAUAAUUUAAAGCUUUUUGAUAAUGGCAUGUCUGUGGAGUUUGACCAGAAAUGCUUUGGAUCGUCAGAUGCUUUUAUCGAAUUGAUUGCACAAACUUUGUUUGAUAGUUCCUUGCUGGAAUCCCUCAAGGAUUAUCAAUCCGCGUUUCAUGCUAGUCCAGCUACAGUGCAAGAUAUAAUUCGUCAACUAUCUGACGAUGAUAAAUGCACAAUCGACGCACUAUUGAUUGAGCAUUGUAAUGAAAUUCUAAAACCAACCAGAAAUAUACCUAGCUGCUCAAUCACAUCUAUACCGUUUAUUUUUCCCAGCCCCAUAGGAGAGACUUCAAACAGUAAAUUAAAUCAACUAACAACGAAUCAGAUGCGUUUGAUUUUCAGAUUUCUAAUAUCCAUGACCCUCAAAGAUGCAUCAAUUGUGCUUGUGUUUGAAGCAAAUAAUAGGUAUGAAUUCUAUAUACAGGAUUGUAUGACUUUGAUUUUAGAUGUCUAA